AUGUCCCUAAAGUUUGUGUUUUCCCGUCAUUGGACAAUGCAUACAAGGAAUUGCAUGGAGAAACUCUUGGAAGUUCUUAUUGCAAUUGGUGAUGAGGUUGCUUGCCUUUCUGUUGCAGAAUUGAUUUUAAGGCAUUGGCCGUCACAUUCUCGUGCUUUGCAUGUCAAAAGUACCAUUGAGGAGUCUGAACUAAUCCUAUAUGCUCCAAGAGGUAUAGACAAACUGGAACCUAAAUGUGUCCGGUUGAAAUUUUUGGAGAAGAGAAAAGCAACAAACAAUGAUCAAGAUGAUGGUAUCCUGUCCAAAAAGCUGAACCAGAACAUAGAAUUGUACAUCCCCGAGGCUUCUUGGACAGCUCUUGCUGACAUACUUCUGGAAAUCUUACUUCCAUUGAGUGGAUCUGGUUAUGAACAAGAGCCUGAGAAAUUAACUAGAUCUGGGGAUUCUUAUAGUAAUUGUAAUUCAUGCAAAGGUAGUGUUGUUACUGAGAAGGAAGCAAUUAUGUAUGAAGAACAACCUCAGGAGAGGCGAAGUAGUUGUCUUGAAAGGCUUAGAAGUUGUAAACCGGGUAAAGAAGAAUUAGAUUUUGUAAACAAUAACGAUCUGGGAAAAAUUGUAGUGCAAUUUCUAGAACCUUUUAUUGUGGGUGGAGCAGGAACUAAAAAUAGUAAGAAUGAUGCCGCCUGUUCUUUUCAAUGUGCUGAGGUUGUGGCUGGUCUACUGAACAAUGAAAGAAGUGAUGUUACCAAAUUUGUUCAAGAAACCUCAAAAAAUUAUGGUGCUUACCACUUGGGUCACUUGCUUUUAAAAGAGAUGGCAAGUAGAAGCAUGUUAUAUCAGGACACCUUUGCCAAGUUUUUGGAGUUGGAGAAGCUGUAUUAUAAUUUUGGAUCACGUUCUCCAGAUAAGUUCAGGAUGUCUGGUUUCAUGUCAGAACCAUCAUAUCAUCUUUGUAAGAUAAUCGAAUCGGUAGCUCUAGACUAUCCGUUCCACGUGAGUGGUGGAGCUGGGGGUGAAACUUCCUCUUCGACAGAUAGUUCUCAGCACAAUUGUGAAAUGCCAAUUGACAUUUCUUCUUUGUUGAGCAAUAAACUUUCAUUUUGGGUUCAUUUUUUUUGGUCAAGUGGGCGAUUAUCAGUUUUGGAUGGUAACAAAGCUAAAGCUCAAGAAGAAUUCUGUCUUUCCUUAACACUUUUGAUGAAUAGGGAUAAUACGACUGGCUCUCUUGGAUCUGUUUGCUUGCCCCACUGCAAAGCCAUUAAAAAAUUAACAAUUGAUAGGGUUCUGCAUGAGAUUAAUUUACUGGAGGUGGAUUUUUUGUUGAAAAAGACAGUAGGCGAGAUGAUUGAGAAAGACACGCAUUCUGAGUGUGUAAGUUUGCUUGCCCCCCUUCUAAUUUCUGCAAAAGAUGUGUAUCCUGAUUUAUUAUAUGUUGCCAUCAAAGAAGGUGACGAGGUUACUUCACUUGAACUGUCAGCAUUAGAUGUUUUAAUUAAAGCAUGUGAACACGUAGAGCCGAUGGGCAUUCAGGUCCUUUUGAAUUGUCACCAACAGAAGCUACAAAUACUCAUGGUUGCACCUGUGAAGGCAAUAUCUCAAAUUGUCUCGCAGAUGAAGAACCUCAUCCAUCCUUGUGGAAAUUCUGUGAGUCACAUUCAUCCUCAAAAGUUGAUGGUGGAAGGUUACAUCAGGUCUAGGUGCCCAGCCUUGGUCUUGACUGACAAGUCUAGAACCCAAUACAACGAGGUCAAGAAAUUAACUCAUGUCACAAUAGGGAGAAAGAAUGGCUCUGUUGUUCCAUUGAAAACCAUUGGCGAUAUUCAGUCAUCACUGUUGGCACGCAUGAGCAAUAUUGCAAGCAUGACUUCUCUAAGGAGACUUAUGGGCCUGGGGACUGAAAAUGACUCAAGGGAUGAGCAGCCUUCCCACGAUAAUCAUGUCAAAUGGUUGGAGCAGCUUUGCGAUGAUAGUAAUGUUAAAAGAUCUCUAGUUGAAUCAAAAAUGGAUUUAGUGAACAUGGAAGAGGAUCGAACUAAUAUAGAUGAAGCCAUCACUAUGGAGGAGGAUACUGUUGAAAGGACGAGCUCAGUGGGCGUAUCACCUCAUAAAGAUUUAGGGAAUAAGAAAACAGAAGUAGAAUGUGGCAAACAUAUUUGUGAUGGGUCCAGUGCCACAUUCCGUAGAGCAGAAGAAGCAAGCAUUCAGUUUGUCGGAUGUGGCAAUGAACUAACUAAAGAUGAAAGGGAGGAGCUUGAACUGGGAAUUGGUAAUGGUUUGGAUCAGUGCUUUUUCUGUUUAUAUGGUUUGAAACUUAGAUCUGAUUCAUCUGGUGAAGAUGAUCUAGCCAUGCACAAAAAUACAAGCAGGGGAGAUUAUCAGACGAAGGAAUAG